CACAUCAGCUUUAAUUUGGACAUAAAACCUAUGCCCAGAUGCAGUUUGCUAAAUAAUUCUUACUAAAGUUUCUUGUUGAAGCAUUCAACUUGUGCUGUGUAACUGCAUGUUUUAUCAGGAUGUUAGGAAACUUUAACUUGUUGACAUUUCCUGUGUUGAUGUUUGUGACAGAUUGAGACUCACCCUGGGACUCUGGGGCCGUUCUGCGGUAACAAGCCUCCCCCCUCUCCCCUCCCCACUCACUCCCAUCAUAUCCAAAUUCGCUUCACGUCUGACGGCUUCGGCUCCAACAAAGGCUUCAGCCUCCACUUCAAAACCAGAAAUAAGGUCUGUAGACCAGAAGUGACCUCAAACUCCAUGAUGACGCCUCACAAACCAGAAUAUAGUUGGGGAGAAAYGGUGAAAGUGACGUGUGAUGUUGGGCAUGUUGCAAAUUUAGAUAUGUUAACAGAGUAUGAGACAACCUGCCUGAGCACAGGCACAUGGGCUCCCAUUYAUCCCUGUGAAAUUGUGGACUGUGGUUUGCCUCUAAUUGAGGAUGAUGGCAUCCUCCAGUUGGUGCCCUCAGCUGAACGAAGCACCAAAUACAACAACCAGAUCCAGUUUUACUGCAAUUCAAAAUACUACAAACUGGAAGGAAAUGACACAUAUAUCUGCAGUGCCAGCGGUGAAUGGGUCUCAGUGGAUGACAACCAAGGGAUGCCACAAUGUACUGAAGUGUGUGGGAUGCCUGAAGUAGACUCAUCGAGUUCAGGCAGAAUUUUAGGAGGCCAGAACGCAACACUGGGAGAUAUACCAUGGCAACUUUUUAUUAAAGAACCAAACAGAGGAGGAGCGUCACUGAUAAAUGAUCAGUGGGCGGUCACCGCUGCACACGUUGUGAAAAAUGUUGAUCAAACCUCCUUGCAACUCUUAGGUGGACUAGUGGAUGGAAAAUCAACGACUGCUUCUGUCAUCAACAGUGAGAAAAUCAUAAUUCAUCCUGGCUAUGCAAAUAAUGAUAGAACAAAUUUUGAUAAUGAUAUUGCCCUCAUAAGAUUCAAAUCCAGAGUGAACUUAGGCCCAAACCUUCUUCCUGUUUGCUUGCCAAGAUCUGACAGGGGUGUAGUGGAAAAUGAACAAGGCACAGUGUCAGGCUGGGGGGUAACUGAUGUGAAUGGGAAGUUACAGAGCUCACAGUUUUUACAGUAUGUUCAUAUUCCAGUUUUCUCCUUAUCUGUCUGUCGAAACACACCUACUCUGCCCAAAAGCAACAAAAAAGGGAUUUUUACUGGUAAUAUGUUCUGUGCUGGAGAAGAAGGGAAGGACAGUUGUCCAGGAGACAGUGGAGGUCCUUUUGUUUCCCCCAUGUUGUCUUCCGAUGAUGAGCCUCAUUAUCUGAUUGGCAUUGUGUCCUGGGGACCCAGCUGUAAGAGUCGCAAUUACAAGGGUUACUACACUAAGGUGGAGAAUUAUGUAGACUGGAUUCAACACACCAUUGAAGAAGUUGAAAAACAGAAAGGAUAAGGGCAAAAAAACUUUGCUAUUAUUAACCAUAAUAAAAAAAUAUGUCUGAUUCCUAUUUCCACACUAACAACUCAUUUAAGAAAAGAUUACCAGAAAAUGACAAUUAUGCAUAUUGAUCCUUAAAGGAAAUCUUAAACCACCUGCAGACUUUAAAAUGUCAAGUCUUACAUGAUAUAUCAAUUUACUAUAAGUCAGAAUAAAUCUAGAGGUAUUGUGUGAUUUUUUUUCAAUAAAUACAACAUGUAUGGAAAUAUAUUUCUGAAUAAAUGACGUUAGAUUACAGCAAUUGUUCUGUAUAACAAUUUAAAAAAUAAAA